AUGGAUUCCCAACCCCAACAAGCUAAAUAUACCUUCGUAAACCAACAGUCCCAGCACCCCCUCGGAAACUCCGCAAAACCAAAAGUAAAGAGGAAUCAAGGGCCGCUUUGGACUGAUAAUGAAGCCCAGCUUCUGACCGACGAGGUGCAAAAGAAGCUUGUCAACGAAGACUACCGAUGGCUUGAUAUCUGUGACACGAUGAGUAGGGAAAUGGCUCUCCGCCUUGGAAAGGCCUCUCGCAAGUACACAGAAUCCUCCAUCAAGAGUAAGUACAGAAUCAUGAAGCGUCGUGGCCUCGACAAAUCUGGAAAUGCUUCCAAAAGGCAAAAGAAGGACGCAGGCAAAGGCCUUCAGUCCGUCAAACAAGGAGCUCCGAACGCCUCAGAUGCGGAUGCGCUUCCCCGAGGAUCUGAAAAUCAUCUUGCGUAUUCUAUCGAUGAACAACUACAAAAGGAAGGAUUUGAGAUGGAAGGACUUGAAUUUGAAAACCAAGAUAUGGAACAAGCUACCCCUACGUUGAGUCCUGGUACAAUAUAUGAGCGUUCCGAAAACCCACAGGUCGGAUUUGAGGUUGGCAAUUCCCGAAUACCAACUCCAAGUGUUCCUCAACAUUUUGGACAAUACACCAGUAAUGAGGUUUACCAAGCUGAGCAUGGACAUACACAUAGCAAUGGUUCCGCCCUUGAAGUGCUGGACGGACAUCAUAAUCAAAAUCAUACCAUUAAUUCCUUUCGAGGCCAUGUCUAUCACAGUCCGACUCCUGGGAACACCCUACGGUCACCAAAUCACGAACCGGUUCCUUCGCCUACAGAGCCUCUUGGACUAAACCCGGGAUUACAGGAAGGAUGCGAUAUCAGAACAGCAGAUCACAGAGUCUGGGGCAUGACCGAGCAAACCGAAGAGGAGUUUCUUCAGACUCUUGAGGAAUUACAGAAAUGGCAGCAAGCAUAUUUGGCAGAGGAGAAUAUAUUUGGAGAAAACGGCGAAUUCUAA